UGCAGGAGAGCUGAAACAUGGAGGACGUGCAAAAAUAUAAGAAAAUGGAAAACGUUUUGCACAAGAUCAACCAAAAGUAUAUUGCCUUGCCUGAACAUGAAAUGAAAAGGAACUCAAAGAUUGUUGAUCAGGUGGUGAGUGAAAUCAUCAAGGCAAUGCAGAAAAUCAAUCCGCUUUUUAAACAAAUGUUCGAAAGAACGUUUUAUGGUGGUAGUUACUAUGAUGGAAUUAAGGUUGGAAAACCUGAAGAGUAUGAUUUAGAUUUGGUUUUAAACCUACCCGUUCUCAGUAAACCCGUGGUAGAAGUAGGUGACAAACCAGGCUUUGUUCAGGUCCGCAUCAUGGAGUUUGAUAAAUUUCUCAAUCAGCCGGACCAGUACAAAAAGUAUGACAAAAUAAAAACUCUUUUCGACGAUAGAAUGUAUCUUUCUACUGAAAACGUUCUCCGUUGGACGGAGAAAAUUGUAACCUUGGCGCUAAAUGAUAUGGGUAGAACAAAUAGUGAUAGAAAAGGCUUUAAAUUCAAUGUUGAAUUGUCUGAUAAUGAGACUUUGGUAAUGUAUGCUAUUGUGGCGAAAUCUUAUCCAGCAUUUACUUUGAAGCUUGACAGCGAAGAUGGAAGGAUCAAGCUGGAUAUUGACCUCGUGCCUUGCUUUCAGUUUAAAGAUAAUCAAUGGCCAAGAGGACAAUACAGAGAGAAUCCCUUCCCUAGGCAACGGGACAAAUUUCUGGUGGUUCCAAAGAAGCCACGUGAUACAAAAAACUGUGACAACAUCGACAGGUAUUGGCGCCUUUCCUUCCAGGAACAGGAAAGAGCACUUAUUACCGGACCAAUGACAAACACAUUGAAGCCAGCAAUACGGUUACUAAAGAAACUAAGGGACCAUCAUAAACAUAGCAUUGCUAGCUACCAUAUCAAAACGGUGUCUUUGUGGCAACUAUUAGAAGUAGAUGCUGAAAAAUGGCGUCUACCGCUUAGUUCAGUUUUUAUGAUGAUGUUGAGAAAAUAUGCAGAAACGAUGAAUGACAAAUGUAUCCCGUACUACUGGAAUAAAGAAUUCAACAUGAUUGGUCAUUAUGCAGAGGUUACAUUAAAAGACAUCGGAAAUACCUUGAAUAAUAUAAUCAAAACUAUCGACCGCUAUGUUGAUUCAGAUCCAUUCAUAGUAGCUAAAUUUCUAAUUGGUCCUGCCGAGAUAGAAGAACUGAGAAUGGAUCCUAGCAUACUGGGUAAAAAGGCACGAAGAAUAUGCAUAAAAAAAUUAAAUUCUGAUACUUUUGCGUCCAAACUUUGAAGCAACGUGGGAUAUAUACGUAAGCGAAUCAGUAUAAUCGCAAAGAGAAAUUUUUGAUGCAUGGAGCCUACUAAUAUACAAACAUCCUAGCAGUUUUGCUUGCAGGGUCUUCCCUAUAAACCAUAAAUUAAAAUACAUAAUAUGUACAUAUGAUGUACUUGAGUAAAAUACCUAUACUGUGAGCUUUUGGGGCUUGGAAAACAUCAGUAUUAACAAGUAGAGCAUGUGCUUGUUUUCGUUUACUGGGUGUUGCUUAAUAAGAAAGGCAUAUGAUCUAACACCCAACUCUAGAAGUGUGUUAUUGGAAGGUGGUUCACAGACACAACGUCUUACAACGUCGAAUCAGAAGAGUCCUACAAAGUAGCAUUGGAACGUGUAGACCAGGGCUGUCCAACAUACGGCCCGCGGGCCGCAUGCUUCUUUCUUGCGGCCCGCUUCACGGGUCAUGUAUACCAUAUAGUAUAGUAUAUACCUAUUAAACCUCAGUAAUAAUGUUGUAUAGAAAGAUUUUAUAAUGCGGCCCUCCAAACUGCAUUUUUUUUUGAAGUGACCCUUGGGCCACAUUAAGUUGCACAGCCCUGGUGUAGACAGAAAACGACUUGCAUGUUGCUAACAUUGUUUUAUCCUUCGAUAGGACGCAUGUCAGGAUCACAAAACUGCCCGCGACUCUGAAAGUGAACGUAUUCUUAACUUGUCCUUCAUCAAGAGUGAAAUUACUAUGAACUCGCAUGCGAGUGGUGAACCUCGAAUGAUUAGAGUAACAGAAUUGUUGUCACCAAAUAUCGAUUUAAAUUCAUUCAAUUCUAACAUGUGAUUUAAAAGCUAGUCACUAUCAAAAGCAGACAUAUCGCUCAGUAAGCUCAGAUUUUAUACCAAAACUUUCGUAAUUAGUUAAUAUAAAAAAAAUCACACUAGGAAGUACAAAGAAGUAAAGUUAUGACUUUAUCAUUAAUUUUUGAUGGUAUAUAUUAUUUUGAAUGUCCCUAAAUGAUCAUCUGCUAUUAGUUGUCACGUUUUGACUGAACUAUCGUGAUGAAUAGUUUAUGGUGUCUUGACCAUGUUUUGGCAACUUGUAUAUUUGUGAGUUUUCUGGUUUUUGUCUAUCGGGCUUCGUUAUUGCAUAUAGGAUGCAUCGUUGCUUCUUUUUUUUAAUGCAGUAUAAGAAUAGCGAAAGAUCAGGUGCUUUAAUUUGCGAAACCUAUCCGAAUAAGAUUUUUGCUUUUCACUUUCAGUUUUGAGGGCACUCCAGCUAUUUCUAUUAAUAAUCAUGGAAACAUGAGUUUCGUUAGGUAUAGAAAUAUCUUAAUUAGGCGUUUAUUAAACGGUAUCUUGUCGGAUUGUUACUUGUUCCUUGCUGAAAAAUUAGGUUUAACUUAGGACUAGCAUUAGAAUUAUGUAUAUCGUACAAAGGUCCAAAUAAAUAGUUUUAAGUUAAUUGCGUUUGAAAUACUUUUCGUGUAUUGUAUUGUAUGGGAAUUAACAUGACUUAUAAAGUCGAAACUUACUUCCUUAUUAUUAUAGUUAGGUGGGCGAUGCAAGUAGAAAAUGAAAAAUUCAUUAUCAUGAACUUAACAUUUUAUGCAAAAAUGGACUUAAUCUGAGUUACAGAUAUAGAUUUUAUACAAUUUUAGUUCGUAAGUUAAUUUUGUAUGUUAUUACGUUUGUAUACUACUGACACACGUUAGAUAACAAUCAUCUAUGAAACUCUCCUGUCACUGUCAAAAACGACCGCCAUUUGGGCGGAGAAAGUCGAAUGCAAAUUCCCCCAGUACAAUGAUGAAAGAGGUUGUGUGAGUUAGUGCUCAGCAGCAGCCGGUGAUGCCACGUACCCUGGCAGCGGUUGCAGUUUAAAAAAUUAUGCUAUUUCGGUAUGGUCUAGUGUAGUUUGUCUGAACCAAUGCAAUGUUAUUCCAAAAAGAAGCGACGAAGUAUUGAUGACUAUUUAUUUAUGAAAAAGUUUCAAAAUAAAUUCGUAUUGGUGAAAGUAUUUCCAGUAAACAGAAAAAUAUUUACUUUCGCCACGCAUUCUUUACUGAUGUGAUAUGCUCGAACCAUUCCAUUUUCAAUGCAAACACUGUUAAAACACCGCAAACAUGGCACUUCUGACGACUCCUCAGCUAGGAUGCUUCUACAUACACGGUGAGUCUUUAAUGUCUAAGCGGUCGGUAGUUCGUAUAUUUAAAUACCUAGAAAAGUUAGUUAUCAAAAUUGUUGGCAACUAUACUCUCCUUACUUGGAAGAUAUGCCGCGCUCCACAAGGUAAUUCAUAACUACAUGACAUCACAUACAUUUUUUAAAUGAAUUUGUUUAGUAUUAGCGAAGAAUAAAAAUAUAUUCAUGCAAAAUGGUUUAGUUUUACUGAUGAACAAUGUUUCUUGAAUCUCACAUUUAAAUGUUCAUAUGCUCUCGGUUUUUACGCGACAAGGACACCGAAAUUCUUCUGAUUGAGUGAAGUUUGUAUGUGUCUGGUGAUUUUAGUACUGCUUACAUUGAAAAUGCAAUGGAUUGAUAAUAUCGCAGCAGCGUAUAAAACAUAGCAAACGUAAAUAUUUUAUUAUAAAUACAUCCACCAAUAAAAAUUUAUUUUAAAACUGUUUCAUGAUUAGUCAUCGGUCGCUUCUUUUUGGACAAGCAUACUCGUUUUUAUUAUUGAUUUACCCAAACUAGAUCAUAUCGAAAUAUCAUCAUUUUAUGAUUGCAAACAAUAUCUGCGGCCGCUUUCAUAUGAUACGUGGCAACACCGGCUGCUGCUGAAAACUAAAACUUUUUUCAUAGUUGUACUAGGGGAAUUCACAUGCGAUUUUCUCCACCGAAAUAGCGACCGUUUUUGACACUGACAGGAGGCUGUCUUAGCUGAUUGUUAUCUAAGCUGUGCUACUGACUUUAUAUUUUAUACCUAAGUUUUAUACCAAAUAAAGAUUGAAUUUGCAUAUCUAA